UCUAUCGAAAUUAUCAAAAUAUUUUUAAUUUUAAGCCAGUGCUAGGAAAUCCACCAAAAGGCCAGUCAACAAUUUCUCGUUUACUUUCUCUCCUUACAAAAGAUUCUCCAGACCCUAUUCUUAUUCUUUCAUGUCGAUCACUUGCAAAUGCUGCCAGUCAUAGUUAUGGACGUGAAAUGUUGUUAUCAGCAACUUCUGCUUUUUCUUCUUUCAUUCCAGAACAGCUUUAUUCAUCAAAACAGGCAUUACAGAUUUCUUCUGCGACGGCAUUAGCAAAUUUUGCAUCAAUUUUAUUAAAAAAUAGUGAAGCAAAAUCAAAUGUGACAGAACUUGGUCCACGUGAAGAUAUUCUUCGUUCAUUAAUUUUAGUUCUUCAAAAAACAAAUAAUUACUCAAAUUUUUCACCAAUAGCUUUAUUUCGAAUUUUGCAAACAAUUAUAAUGUUAAUGUGGGGACAAUCAACAUUAAUUUAUUUGGCUAUAGAACAAAACCUUCCAUCAAUAUUAAAACAAAUUAAAGAUGGGGUGUCUGAUGAAGAUAUAAAAUCUUUAAUUAGAGAUGCUGAAGGAAUGAUUUUUGCUAUUUAA